GUUUCCGUCUUCCCAGUGCCUGUCAGCCAUUACAGCUCUGCUCGCCGGGUCUUGCAGGGUGUAACUGAUACAGCUGACAUAGUUCCCGAAAAAUCGAAGAUUGUCCUUACGGAACUGCUAGUCUAUCCGGGAACAGGUUCGCCUAAACUUUCGUCCAGAUGUAUAACAAUAGUUAUUCCAAUCACAGCAGGCCCAGAGGUAACAGAGACUCUGGUAACCGCAAUGGAGGUGGAACAUAUUGGAAUAGCCAGCAACAAGCACAAAAAGAUAAGCAAGUUAAGAAGCAAACUCAGAGGAGGACUCCCGGGGAUAUGCUAAAAAAGCCUAGCUGGGAUUUAAACAAGUUGCCUGUGAUCACGAAAAACCUGUAUAUUCCACAUAUCAAUGUUUUGAAGAGGUCAUCAGAUGAUAUUGCCAAAUAUCAUAUUGGCAAAGAAAUUACUGUAAAAGGAAGUAAUACACCUUCACCUAUCCAAGCAUUCGAAGAAAGUAAUUUCCCAGAUUAUGUGAUGGAAGAAAUAAGGAAACAAGGUUUUGCUGAACCAACAGCAAUCCAGGCACAGGGCUGGCCGAUUGCACUCAGUGGGCGUGAUUUGGUUGGAAUAGCUCAAACAGGAUCUGGAAAAACUCUAGCAUACAUAUUACCAGCAACAGUGCAUAUUAAUAAUCAACCAAGAUUAAGUCGGGGAGACGGUCCGAUCGUUUUAAUCCUGGCCCCAACUAGAGAACUGGCUCAACAGAUUCAAACUGUUGCUAGGGAUUUUGGUUCCUCCUCCUGUAUCCGCAAUACCUGCAUUUUUGGUGGUUCUCCGAAAGGGCCACAGGCUCGUGACUUAGAACGUGGAGUUGAGAUAUGCAUCGCAACACCUGGUAGAUUGAUCGAUUUCCUUGAGAAAGGAACCACAAAUCUACGUAGAUGCACGUACCUUGUUCUGGACGAAGCGGACCGUAUGUUGGACAUGGGAUUCGAGCCACAGAUACGAAAAAUUAUUGAACAAAUAAGACCCGACAGGCAGGUGCUGAUGUGGUCCGCGACAUGGCCCAAAGAAGUUCAGGCUCUUGCCGAAGACUUCUUAUCAGAUUAUAUUCAAAUUAACAUUGGUUCUUUGACGCUGGCCGCCAACCAUAACAUCCGUCAAAUUAUAGAAAUCUGUCAGGAGCACGAGAAAGAGUCGAAGCUCUCGAAUCUACUUAGAGAAAUUAGCAAGGAUCGAGGGAGCAAAAUGAUAAUCUUCGUUGAGACAAAGAAGAAGGUAGACGAUAUCACAAAGGCAAUCAAGAGAGAAGGUUGGCCAGCCAUCUCUAUUCACGGUGAUAAAUCGCAGCCCGAGAGAGAUUAUGUUUUGUCUGAAUUCAGAAACGGCAAGACCAUGAUCCUUGUCGCUACUGAUGUAGCUGCUCGUGGAUUAGACGUGGAAGAUGUGAAAUAUGUAAUUAACUUCGACUAUCCGAAUAGCUCCGAGGACUAUAUCCAUCGUAUAGGAAGGACAGGCCGCUGUCAAAGUGCUGGCACUGCGUAUGCUUACUUCACACCAAAUAACGCAAGACAGGCGAAAGAAUUGAUCUCUGUUUUGGAAGAGGCUGGUCAGGUGAUAAACCCACAGUUGGCUGAUCUGGCUAAUUCGAUGAAAAAUCAAUACGGUAAAGGUCGUCAGCGUUGGAGUCAUGCUCGCUCUAAUAAAGAUAAUAACUGUGGAAGUCCUAGGAAUAAUACCAGUCCGACAGCGAACAGUUGGCAGAACCAACACAUUCAGAGCAAUCAGCAUAUCCAUAACAGCGUCAAUAAUCAGGACAGAAAUGUUGUACGCCAUCAAAAUGGAUACCAGAACGGUCGUCAAAAUAAUUUCCAGCCUAACUAUCAACAGCAGCCACAGCAGCAACAACACCAGAGACAGCCUAACGCUUACCCCAAUAAUUGUCAGAGUACUAGCAACAGUUAUCAGGCUGGAUAUCAGAACACCAAUAUACCCAGAUAUCACAACCGAACAGGAGGUUUCCAAGGUAAUCGGUACCAUAAUCGGCAGAAUACGUACAGUGGCAAUCAAACAGGGGGACAGAACAUGUAUUCGAUGGCGGCACCACCAUUCAUGAUGCCAUCCAAUGGACAUACCGAUUCUGGGAUGCAGAGCCUCGUGAACAACAAGUUCUUCCAGACAAAUCGACCACCACCGAACACUGGAGCUUGUGCUUAUCAGUCGAUGGGCUACGGCCAAUUUCAAGCUGUGUCGCCGUACAGUUAUACUUAUCCGCCCACGCCAGUGCAGCAGUGACGCUUUUCGAGAUAUAAGUCGGUAAGAGUGCAGGCUAAGUAAGAGAUCAAUUUUUUUCUGUCUACAUUUGGGCCCACUAAUGUUUACGGUUUGUGUAGAAGAUAUUGGGUCUCCUUCGAAUAUAUGCGUAAUAUAAUAUUUCUUCUUUUCUUUAUCAUUUAUUAUUUUCUGGAAUGUUGCCGAUCACAAACGUGUAAAACGAAGUAAAAUAUCAGUUUUUGGUUGUUCGUGAAGAAAAUAGUGACAUAAAAAUCCAAAGUACCAUUAUUUCGCCCAGGAAGACAAAUCGUAACGUUUAUUCCAAAGGAAACAGUAAACGAGAAAAAUUGCAAGUCGCGUACCGUUAAUCUCCGAGGCACAUUCCAGUUGAGUUUUCUGAAGUAGUAGUAGUUGUUUAGCAGUGGUACAUUGAUAUAAUCAUUACUGGAUGUAGACUAUGACCAGAUAUGUAGGCUUAAAUAAUAUGGUCAUAUCUCUAAAAAAAAAAAGUAAUUACUCUUCUUGCGAUAACUAUGUAAACGACAUUUAAUGCUUUCCUGAAAUGCACGAAACAUAUAGAAGGGGGGUGUGGGUUAACGUUUUCAUAUUUGAUAAUUUAUUUAUAUUUUGCAUAUAUAUAUAUGUAUGUACAGGCAAUGCUCUUCAAAAUGUAAGGCCUUUUGCAUAAAAAUUAAGCCGUACACCCGUUUUGCAAAGCGCACGACGAUGGUAUCAAUCGUAUGUGUUCUCUGUUCUAUAAACGAGACUGCUGGAUUGCGUGUCUCUGAUAUAGAAAGGGGUGGAAGUAAUCUCAUUAAAAGAGGGAAAGAAAUUAGAGCACUUUGAUGAAGGAAUAAUCCAGCAUAAUUAUUAUAGCGUACAAAAGCGAGUACUUCGUUGACCAUCCUGGCUCGGUUCUUUGGAACGUAUUCAAAGGCGUGCCGAUACGGGAAAGAGAAAGGAAAACUUGGGCUUUAGGGGGACAACUUAAAUUAAGCAUGUAGUCACAAUGGCUGUGUACCUCGGCGCAAAGUUUGAUACCUUAUUUUUAUAAUAUAUAUCGAAAGUAAUUUGUUGUUAAACCAACGAAUGAUUAUAACGAUGAUAAAAAAAAAAGAUGAUAAUAAUAAUAAUGAGAAACAUUGUUGUUUGAUGUUUAUGCAAUUGGCCACUGAGUGGUCUUGCCUUUGCGGUGCCGUAUCAAUAUGGGCACGCGCAGGCUGGCCGCGAUCAAAUGAAUUUAGUUGUACCUGUUUUUUAGUUCGCGCUCGUCGAAAUUUUUGCUAUUUUUUAGGGGGAACGAUUCAGACUAUCCCGGACAGAUUUUCUAUCGAAACGUUUAAAAAAAAUGCGCCGCGUGAACAUACCCGAAUGUGUAUGGGACAUUAAAAAUGAUUUAACAUAAUAAACGAAGAAAACGUCGCGAAAACGUUGUUACGGCCAUUCGAAAGCGUCUCUCGGUGGUGUAUAUGUACAUAUAUUUCACGCGAGAUGGAAACGAGACGUGAAACUCUCGUUUGCCGCCGCGAGCCGGCCACGAAACCGAUCCGUUGACAGCGCAUAAUAAGUAAUUUUUUGCGGGCCUCCAGAUUACUCUGUACCACGUCACUACUCAAAUAAAUGAAUAGUAGAUUUGAGCCGACAGAGAAGAAUGCAAGACUCGAAAAUACACGCGAGCCGAAACAAGGACUCGUUUGCGGAACGACAUUGUUGUGAUAAUUACAUGUAACGCUCUUUCGUGAAACGGUCUUUCUCACAGUUCGUUACACUUGAUUACGCACAGUAGAGAAAAUGUUGUGAACAGCAGUACGUGUGGCAUACUACUACCGUUUUUUGGUCGGUUCGAACGCGCGCGUCACACCGGAAAUACUUUUCAACGGAUUUUGCUCUCGACCGGGUGGAAAUUCAGUGGAAAAAGAAAAGUAACCACGCCGAUUCGUUUCUAGGUUUCUCACACGGUGUCGUAGCCUUUAUAUUAUUCUUUCGGACUUCAGAACAAUUUAAGGGUCGCGAGAAAUGUCUAGGCGCGUCCAAAUGGUAUUCUUGUCUUCGCCCUUUUUGGACACUGUGGAUGCUUGCACGCUCCUACUGGCGUUAAUCUGACCGCACGGUGGUCGCGUGUGUCAGGGUUGAAUAGUGAUAUAAUAAUAGGAAGAAGCGUAUGCUACGAGUAUUUAAGAAUUCUGAAUACUCAUACAUUGCGUACGCCCUCUAUGAAAUCAUCCGGUUUAUCAUUUUGUUUCUUCUCUUCUGUUUUCGGUCUGGAAAACUAUGCUCCACCGCAGUCUAUUGGAAGAUUAUCCUGGUACACUGACUAACGAUUUACUCCCAAUGUUGUUGACUUUGUUAAUCGGUAUCGACUGUCGUAAUAUUUAUCCAUACUUUUAAUUAUGAUUACACCACAAACAUGGUACACAUUGGCGUAGAUUUUUCGGAUGGUUUAAAUAUUAUGGGAUGGGUGCACCUUGUGUCCAUAUAUGUAGACUAUGCAUCGUUA